UUCCGCAGGAAGGCGCUCGUGCUGUGCGCAGGCUAUGCGCUCCUGCUGGUGCUCACCAUGCUCAACCUUUUGGACUACAAGUGGCACAAGGAGCCAGUGCAGCAGUGCAGCCCCGACGGGCCGCUGGGCGCCGCGGCUGGGGCCUCCGGGGGCGGUUGGGGGCGGCCCGGGUCGCCCCCGGCAGCGCUGCCCCGCGCACACCACCGGCUGGAUCUGCGCACCCCGUAUCGUUCUCCGGCUAAUGCUGUCGCGCCAGGGGCUGUGGGGGUCCCAGCCCCUCCGGGCAAUGGCAGCCGGGGCGGCGGGGUCAAGCGACAGCUGGUGUAUGUGUUCACCACGUGGCGCUCCGGCUCAUCCUUCUUCGGGGAACUCUUCAACCAGAACCCAGAGGUGUUUUUCCUUUAUGAACCUGUGUGGCACGUAUGGCAAAAACUGUACCCGGGCGAUGCCGUUUCCCUGCAGGGAGCGGCUCGGGACAUGCUGAGCGCUCUGUAUCGGUGCGACCUCUCCGUCUUCCAGUUAUACAGCCCCGCGGGCAGCGGGGGGCGCAACCUCACCACUUUGGGCAUCUUCGGUGCGGCCACCAACAAGGUUGUCUGUUCCUCGCCUCUCUGCCCAGCUUACCGCAAGGAAGUGGUGGGCUUAGUAGACGACCGAGUGUGCAAGAAGUGUCCUCCCCAGCGCCUGGCCCGCUUUGAGGAGGAGUGCAGAAAGUACCGCACACUGGUCAUCAAGGGUGUGCGAGUCUUCGACGUGGCUGUAUUGGCACCCCUGCUGCGGGACCCAGCCCUGGACCUCAAGGUCAUUCAUCUGGUGAGAGAUCCCCGGGCCGUGGCCAGCUCCCGCAUCCGGUCCCGCCACGGCCUCAUCCGUGAGAGCCUACAGGUGGUCCGGAGCCGAGACCCGCGCGCUCACCGCAUGCCUUUCCUGGAGGCUGCCGGCCACAAGCUGGGUGCCAAGAAGGAAGGCAUGGGCGGCCCGGCAGAUUACCACGCUCUGGGCGCCAUGGAGGUCAUCUGCAAUAGCAUGGCCAAGACGCUGCAGACGGCCCUGCAGCCCCCGGACUGGCUGCAGGGCCACUACCUUGUGGUACGGUACGAGGACCUGGUGGGAGACCCUGUCAAGACCCUGAGGAGGGUGUACGAUUUCGUGGGGCUGCUGGUGAGCCCCGAGAUGGAACAGUUUGCCCUGAACAUGACCAGUGGCUCGGGCUCCUCCUCCAAGCCCUUCGUGGUGUCCGCCCGCAACGCCACUCAGGCUGCAAAUGCCUGGCGGACCGCUCUCACCUUCCAGCAGAUCAAACAGGUGGAGGAGUUCUGCUACCAGCCCAUGGCCGUGCUGGGCUACGAGCGCGUCAACAGCCCUGAGGAGGUCAAAGACUUCAGUAAGACCCUUCUCCGGAAACCCAGGCUGUGA